GUCACAUUCCCACACCCUCUUCACGGUCGCCGUGAAUCGUCUCGCCGUCCUCCCUUUUCUCUCUUACCUGCCGAAAACGACCACCGCCGGAGCAGAACAACCAUAGCCAUAGCACCGCCGACAUGAAAGGUCUCUUCAAGUCAAAGCCUAAGACGCCGGUUGACCUCGUUCGUCAAACUCGGGAUCUCCUCAUAUUCGCCGACUCCAAGCCCGAUAGUCGCGAAAGCAAACGCGAGGAAAAGUUUGCAUCAUUGAGUAAGCUUCUCCGUGAACUAAAGCAAAUUCUGUAUGGGAACAGUGAAGCCGAGCCAGUCUCCGAAGCUUGUGCUCAACUGACUCAAGAGUUCUUUAAAGAAAACACGCUCCGUUUGUUGAUAGUUUGUCUCCCAAAAUUGAACUUGGAAGCUCGCAAGGAUGCUACUCAAAUUGUUGCAAACCUGCAACGGCAACAAGUUCAGUCACGGUUGAUUGCAUGCGACUAUUUGGAGGCAAAUAUUGAUCUAAUGGAUAUCUUGGCCACAGGUUAUGAGAAUCCAGAUAUGGCAUUGCAUUAUGGUGCUAUGCUGAGGGAAUGCAUACGUCAUCAAAGUGUUGCUAGAUAUGUUUUGGAGUCGGAGCAUAUGAAGAAGUUCUUUGAUAUUAUUCAACUUCCAAAUUUCGAUAUUGCCGCUGAUGCCGCAGCAACGUUCAAGGAACUCUUGACACGACACAAAUCAACCGUUGCUGAGUUUCUUUCUAAAAACUACGACUGGUUUUUCGCAGAGUACAACUCAAAGCUUCUUGAGUCUCCCAAUUACAUAACCAGAAGACAAGCCAUCAAGCUGUUGGGAGACAUGUUGCUAGAUCGUUCAAAUUCUGCUGUGAUGACACGAUAUGCGAGUUCAAGGGACAACUUGAGGAUCUUGAUGAAUCUUCUGAGAGAGUCGAGCAAGAGCAUUCAGAUAGAAGCAUUUCAUGUUUUUAAGUUGUUUGCAGCCAACCAGAAUAAGCCGGCCGACAUCAUCAGCAUACUUGUUGCAAAUAGAAGCAAACUUCUGCGGCUGUUUGCUGAUUUCAAGCCGGAUAAAGAGGAUGAGCAGUUUGAAGCUGACAAAGCUCAAGUGGUUAGAGAGAUUGCUGGGCUAGAACCACGAGACCAUUAAAUGAGAAGGAGCAUUGAAUUAAUGUGAAAUAAAUAUAUAUUGAGAUGAGA